CGUGGCGCAGCGCUAGCCGGGCCGGGCGGGCUGCGGGGCGGGGCGCGGCGCGGCGCGGCUUUAAGAGGCGGCGGCCACGAGAGGCCGAGCCUGGCGGAGAGCGGCGCGAUGGAGACGGCCUGGGACUACGCGGGAGCCCUCUUCAGGCCCCUGACGUUUAUGGGAUCACAGACAAAGAAGGUUCUACUCACCCCCCUCAAGCAUUCGGCGCGCCCCUUCCGAGUUUCCAACCAUGACAGAAGCAGCCGGCGGGGGGUGACGGCCAACAGUUUGAAGGAACUCCUUGCAAAGACCCUGGAGGCACUCAUGAUCACUGCUGGACUGGUCACCUUGGUGCUGGAAGAGGACGGCACAGUGGUAGAUACAGAAGAGUUCUUCCAGACCUUAGGGGACAACACACAUUUCAUGAUCUUGGAAAAGGGGCAGAAAUGGACACCGGGUAGUAAUUAUGUCCCAGUUCGCCAGCAACCCAAGAAAUCAGGAAUAGCCAAAGUCACCUUCGAUUUGUACAAGCCGAGUCCCAGAGAUGUCAUCGGCUGUCUCAAUGUGAAGGCCACCAUGUAUGAGAUGUACUCCGUGUCCUACGACAUCCGCUGCACUGGGCUCAAGUCCGUGCUGAGGAGUCUGCUGCGGUUCCUGUCCCACGUGGCCCAGGUGACCGGGCAGUUUCUCAUCUACUCGGGCACAUACAUGCUCCGGCUGCUGGGGGACACCGAAGACCGGACCUCCCCCAGUUCCCACCCCAGGCGGGGCUACAUGUGUGGGUAGGG